AGACUGGCACGGUCCCAGCGCCACAUCCCGCCCGCGGGGCUUUAAGAGGCCGCGGGCUCGGCCCGGCCAGCGCCGUCCCCGUGUCCCCCGCCAUGGCCCUGCCACUGCCGCUGCUCCUCGCCCUGCUCGGGACCGCCGCAGGUCCCCCUGGCUGGGUGCUGACCGUGGCCACAGGUUUGGGGGCGCCGGGGGGGGGCUGUGGGGUGCCCCCCUCUGCCUGGUGCCAGGACUGGGUGACGGCGCUGCGCUGCGGGGCCCUGGGGCGCUGCCCCCACCUCAGCCAGGGACCCUCCGACACGCAGGACGCCUGUACCGUGUGCCAGGAGGUCAUACACCACCUCAGACAAAUCUACAACCAGUCGGCCUCGGAGGUGUCCCUGGAGGAGGUGCUAGAGCGGAUGUUGGGGCUGGUGUGCCCGUAUCUCCGUUAUGAGGAGAACUCAUGCAGGAAACUGGCUCAGUUGUUUGCCCAUGACCUCCUCUGGGACAUCGCGCACCUCAACUCCUGGGACGUCUGUGUGAAGCUGAAGCUGUGUCCUCCAGAUCCCAGGGCUGUGCCCGUCCUUGAGGCGCCCGGCAGCCACCGGCAGGGCUCUGCUCUGGCCCCGAAGGCGCUGUCGGUGUCACUGCCGGUGCCGCUGCCGCUGUGCUGGCUGUGCCGCUCGCUGGUGGCGCGGGCCGAGGCCGCUGUCCCCGUGGGCUCGGUGGCCGCGGCGGUGGCCGGGCUGUGCCGGGCGCUGCCGCUGCCGGUGGCCGGGGCCUGCCAGUGCCUGGCCGAGCGCUACGCGGCCCUGGCGCUCGAGGGGCUGCUGGGCCGCCUGAGCCCCCGCCUGCUGUGCCGCCUGUUCCUGGCCUGCCGCAGCGGGGACAGCAACGGGGACAUCGGGGACAUCGGGGACAACGAGCGCCCGGGCACGCUGCCACCGCCCUGGGUGCUGGAGGCCAUCGUGGUGCGGCUGGCAGACUGUGUCAGCGAGGAGGACCCCAAAGGCAUCGGUGUCCCUGCGCUGUCCCUGUCCCUGGGCCCCUGUGCCCUGGGCCCCAUCUUCUGGUGCUCAGGCCCGGAGGCCGCCCGGCGCUGCCAGGCCCUGCAGCACUGCCAGGAGCACGGCUGGCUGUAGGGGGGCACCAGGACCCCCCAGCUUUCCCCAAUAAAGCUUGGAAGCAGA